AUGGCAGUAUCCUUAGUCUUCACACUGCAGGCAGAGGUCAUCUGUCCCAUCUGCCUGGACUAUCUCAAUGACCCCUUCACCAUCAUCUGUGGGCACAACUUCUGUGCCUCCUGCAUCAAGAUGUCAUCGAAGAAUCUACGGGACAAUUUCCCUUGCCCAUUCUGCUUUUAUCCACAAGAGGAGAGGUAUUUCAGAGUUAAUUCCCAGCUGGGAAGGCUGGUUGAUCUGGCCACACUCCUCCACAGGUCUGAGAGCAGCGAGAUGAGGCAAGAAGAAGAAGACAUGUGUGAGGAGCACAAACAGGUCCUGAGCCUCUUCUGUGAGGAUGAACAAAAGCUGGUGUGUCUCCUGUGCAUCCAGUCCCCUGCCCACCACGGUCACCUUGUGAGACCUGUGCAGGAGGCCGCCUUACACCACAGACAGAGGCUUAGUCAUUAUGUGGAGGCCCUGAAGAAGCAAUUGGCAAAAAUGCAGAAACUAGUAGUCACCCAAGACAGGAAGUUACAGGGACUAAGCUAUCAGAUUAGAAGGCAAAGAGAUCAAUUAGUCUCUGAAAUGGAGCAGCUGAACCUGCUUGUGGAAUGUGAGUGA